UCUCGCAUGAUUUUACAGCUCUGAGAAGUUCUUGAUAGAACCAUUCAUUCGAGGAAGCCGUCACAGUCACACUGGCUGCGGAAUACCGAGUUGGUUGGUUAUUUACAAUAGAGCCGGUCAGUGUACUGUAAUAUCAGUCGGGAAUAGCCUAGCUUGAGAGGCGUCCUCUUUCACAGUUGCUACCCGGAGAGAGGCCAGCCGGGGAAGAGUUCAUUUGUAGUGCUCCUCUGCACUAGCAGCAGCACCACCAGCAGCAGCACGCUGAGCACCAGCAGCAGCAGGAGUGUUGCAUGAUGGAUAGCAGUCAGGUGCUUGGUGGCAGCGACCUUCAGGCGUUGAGUAACUUACUCAAUCCAGCUACAAAAGAAGAUGACGAGGACAUUGACCUGGAUGACAAGCCGUCGAUACCUGCCAUGACACCUGGUACAGUGGGACCUCCAGCAGCAGCAGCAGCAAGAUCAUCAUCUCGGCAAAGUGCCGCUACAUCAAGUGGACCAUCAAAGCCGGCACUGGGCAACUCCAAGGCCAUCUGGUCUGACCAUGAAAUACUGCCACUGGAAAGAACUGUGCUGGAGGAUGAUCCCAGACCAACACCUGAUUAUCAAGUCAUCUACAAGCAGAGUAUUGGCUCAGAGGAUGUUUUCUUGGGACUGAACAACCGCACACCGUCUACUGCAUCUUGUGAAGACAUGGUGGUCAUCAUUGAUGUUCCGCACACGAAACGCUCCGACAUGCAAUUGGACGUGUCGGAUACAUUCCUGGACUUCGAGACACCCAGACUGAAGCUGGGCCUGCCACUCCCUCAUCCGGUUGACAGCAAGAAUGGAAAGGCUAAAUGGGACCCUCGGAAGAGUCAACUUUCGAUAACAUUACGAAUGAAACGAGAAUAUGAUUUCAUGAAUUUUUAAUACAAGGAGUUUUAUUUUCUAGUGCUGAUUUUCUUGAGUAUCUUUUUGUACAGCCACAUAAAUUCUUAUUUACAUUCUGUGACAUCCAAUCAGAAAGCUGGCAAAAGUCACAAAACAAAAGCGAUAUAAGUCUCUGUACAUCAAUGUUCCAGCUGCCUGUAUGUAUGAUGGUAUGUACAUCAAUGUUCCAGCUGCCUGUAUGUAUGAUGGUAUAUGUACACAUUGUACAGAAUGUACAAAAAGUUCUUGUCAUGGGAUACUGGAGUGUUUUCUAAUCGUUGGAUGGCUCGGCAUCACUAUCACUGUCUUUAUCAUCGUCGUCACCGUCGGCGGCGGCUGGG